ACCUUCUCCUUGUCCUCCUUUCGUCCUCGUCUCUUUUUCCCAAUCACCCGUUCUCCUGGAAUUAUUCCUUCUCCUCCAUUUUUAUAAUCCUAUAAUCCCUCUCCCUUCAUUUCUCUACAGUGUAAACCUUUUUUUUUUAGUAGCAAACACUGUUCAUGGGUUUAUUCUUCUCCCUCAGUCCCUUUCUCCUCCCACCAAACUCUCCAUUGAGCUUUGUUGGUUCCACACCAGCCCUUCUCUUUACCCCAGUAUUCCACAAAAUCCUAUCGUGCCUCAUACUUCGCUAGUUGGCUCUUCAGGUUCAAACGACAGCUUGGCUCUCCCUGGAUCUUUGAUCGGCAAACGGCUGUCCGGGAUUUUGAUGCUGCAUGGCAAACUUAAGUGGAUUAGAUCUAAUAAUAAGAGCAUGGCAGCUUCUUGAAUUGGUUUGAGCUUUUGAUUUUGAAAGAUAUUGUAAUUGGAAAUUCCAAAGGAAUUGCAUAGCUUUCUUUGCAUUUGCUAGCUCAUUUGUUCAUAGAAAACCUGAACACUAGCGUAGGGAGUUUGACUUUGCUCUAAUUAGAACCUAACUUUUAAAGCUAGCGUUGCUUUUAUCCAAAACCUGGGCUAAAUGUCGAGGUACGAAAGCAGAAAGCUGUCUGAUGAUUACGAAGUUGCUGAUGUCCUCGGUAGAGGUGGCUUCUCCAUUGUGAGAAGGGGAGUCAGGAAGUCCAGUGGCGAAAAGAAUGUUGUUGCUAUCAAGACACUCAGAAGAUUAGGAUUCAUGCCCCCAGGGAUGCCGCGGAACCAAGCCGAACAGAAGGGUCUGGCCUCUUUGGGGUUGCCUGCCUGGAAGAAGGUAUCGAUAUCGGAUGCAUUACUUACAAAUGAAAUUCUGGUCAUGAAGAGGAUAGUGGAGAAAGUUUCUCCUCACCCCAAUGUGAUAAACCUUUACGAUGUCUAUGAAGAUGCGAACGGAGUUCACCUUGUUUUGGAGCUUUGUUCUGGUGGGGAACUUUUUGACAGGAUUGUUUCUCAUGAUCGUUAUUCAGAAUUCGAAGCAGCCGUGGUUGUUCGGCAGAUAGCUGAAGGGUUAACUGCACUUCACAAAGCUAACAUUGUUCACCGUGACUUAAAGCCAGAGAAUUGCCUUUUCUUAGACAGCAGUCCAAAUUCUGGUCUAAAAAUAAUGGACUUUGGCUUGAGUUCUGUAGAGGAUUUUACCGAUCCGAUUGUUGCAUUGUUUGGGUCGAUAGAUUACGUAUCUCCUGAAGCUCUGUCUCGGCAGCAAGUUACUGCAGCAAGUGAUAUGUGGUCUGUUGGGGUGAUUCUGUAUAUCCUUCUUUCCGGGUGCCCACCAUUCCAUGCACCGACAAAUCGAGAAAAGCAACAGCGUAUACUGGCUGGUGACUUCAAUUUUGAGGAUCAGACAUGGAAGACCAUAUCUUCAUCAGCAAAGGAUUUGAUUUCCCGUCUUCUUGCUGUUGAACCAUAUAAAAGACCAACUGCUGAUGAACUUUUGAAGCAUCCUUGGGUGAUAGGGGACUCUGCCAAACAAGACCUCAUGGAUGCAGAGGUUGUUUCUAAGCUGCAAAGUUUCAAUGCCCGGCGUAAAUUACGUGCAGCCGCCAUAGCCAGUGUAUUGAGUAGCAAGGUUAUGUUGAGAACAAAGAAACUGAAAAGUCUACUAGGAUCCCAUGAUCUCACCCCAGAGGAACUUGAAAAUUUACGUGCACACUUCAGAAGGAUAUGUGCAAAUGGAGAGAAUGCCACCUUAGCUGAGUUUGAGGAAGUGCUGAAAGCAAUGAAAAUGCAUUCACUGAUCCCUUUAGCUCCACGUGUAUUUGAUUUAUUUGACAACAAUCGUGAUGGAACUGUGGACAUGAGAGAGCUCCUAUGUGGGCUAUCUAGUCUCAAGAAUUCACAAGGAGAUGAUGCUCUUCAACUCUGUUUUCAGAUGUAUGACGCCGACAGAUCCGGAUGCAUCAGUAAGGAAGAGUUAGCAUCUAUGCUUCGAGCCUUGCCUGAGGAUUGCCUUCCAGCUGAUAUAGCGGAACCUGGUAAGCUGGAUGAGAUCUUUGAUCAGAUGGAUGUCAACAAUGAUGGGAAGGUCACAUUUGAUGAAUUUAAGGCUGCUAUGCAGAGAGAUAGCUCUUUGCAAGAUGUAGUCUUAUCUUCAUUGCGACCACUCUAGCUCUCUUCUUUUCAGGCCUUGUCCCUUGCUAUAGAAUCAAGAAAGCAGCAAUUAACCUUUCCUUCAGGGGUCAUCUUGUAUCCAUUUUAAUUGAGAGGAAUGGACGAACAUAGGGAAGCUCUAAUAAUUAGCCUUUCUACUAGGAUCAUCCUGUACUCUAAAAGCAUCGAAGAACAGGAUGGUUGACCUUGCUGUCGGACGGGUAUUUCAUUGUCAUUGCCUUGGAUUUCUAUUUCAAUGAUCAUGUUGCUUCUGUAUUUGCUGCUUGUUUA